AUGGAGUGCUUCAGUAUUUUUGUUCGUUUCAUGUUGGUAAGCGUUGCCUCUGCUGGGAUAGAUGGAAUACAUUGGACAUAUACAGGUACGUAUUCAUUGAUGACCUAUUUACUUUUAGUUAUCUAUUAUGAUUUAGUUUUGUUUGGACUCCAAAUCCCCAGAAAAAAACCCACAAAGUCUUGAACUCAUUCUCAGAUAUUUCAAUUCAUUUUUUUAUGUAUUAUUUCUAAAGAUGAUUGACUUAAAGUCUGAAAAAAAGGGAUGAAGAGAAAUAGUUGUAGUUUUAGACAUAAUAAAACUGAUGAAAGUUUGCUGUUUAAAUCAUAUCCUGCAUGUUUUCAAUGUGCUAUUGCUGUUUAAAUCAUAUAGGUCUACUGCUCAUGACGACAAACAGGUACCAUGAUGAUUACAUCCCUAGCGUAGACCGUAAACCUUUAUGAUUACAGCAAGGAAGACAUAUGAUUACAGCAAGGAAGAUAUAAUUUGUGUGUCAUUAUCAUAGUGUGUAAUGUCUGAGCCCUUCAGACAGCCAUUUGGUUCGUGACAGAUGCAGAGUUUACUGUAAUACCUCUCUUACAAACCACCACUCAGACAUUUGGCUUUAGAGGUUUUGUGGUUGUGAAGGUAGAGGGAGAACAGAGGAACUUUAUACAGUGGUGUAUCGUUGGCUCCUUCUCUCUUCUACCCGAACAAACUGGCCUCUGUGGGAAUGUCUGCUUGGACUAUAGUAGGAGGCGUGUCCAGUGAAUACAUUGGGCUAAGUUGACAUUGUUGCGUUGUUCAUCGUCUUCGUUGUAACCCGCACCGUUCCGUUUCUCCCUACGUCAGAAGGGGCGCAGGACCAGGUGCACUGGGCAGAGCACUAUCCUGCGUGCGGCGGCCGGAGACAGUCCCCGAUUGACAUCCAGCGGCGGAACGUGCGUCACAACCCCCACAUGCUGCAGCUCGAGCUCACCGGAUAUGAAGCUCAGAAGGGCAACUUCCUCAUGAAAAACAACGGACACUCAGGUAAAAAGUAGCGUGGGAUGAAGUGCACCAAACAAACAAACAAAACCAGAUUCCAACUUCAUGUUCCCGGUGAACUUGAUAACAAUUUUAGCCUUUACUGUUUUGUUAUAGUGAAUGAACGACGAACAUUCUAUACAAUUGAUACAUAUUUGUUCAACAAUAACAUCUUGAACAUUGUAUCUAAAUUAGUUAGGAUUGGUCCCUUUUGCCUGAUCUCAAUGGGACUACUCAAAAUUGAGUUUAUUUGAAGAAACGCAUCUGCUAAAUGGCAUAUAUUAUAAUAUUAUUAUUAUUAAAAAUGCCUUCUUGUGUUGGGCAGUUGAAAUCGUCCUCCCUCCCAGCAUGGUGAUCACCAAGGGUCUCCCUGCGGGCUACACGGCCGUCCAGAUGCACCUCCACUGGGGUGGCUGGGACCUGGAGGAGAGCGGGGCAGAACACACCCUGGAUGGCAUCAGAUACAUGGCAGAGGUGGGAUGGUGCUACACGUACACUACCCCCCCCCCCCCCCCCCCCCCCCCCAAAAAAAAAAAAACAGUUAGCUGUUUCUGAAGGGUGUAAAACAGCAGAGCAAAUAGAGGUGGGCUCGACUUGACCAUAGCUGAGGCCUUAACAGCAGCCUUUGUGCCAUCAUGACGCUCAUUGUCAUGGCAACAUCACAAGGAGUUGACCUGGUAGCACAAACGGUUCUGAGACCAGGCUACCUCUAACUCAACAGUGCAUCUCCGUUAUAUAUAUCCAUACGACAGUCACAAGUCCAGCAUAGCACACAUAUUCAAGGAUUAAGUUAUUCGAUUUUUCAUGUUGACGGUCGUUCGCAGCUAAAAGCUCAAUUGCUGUAUAAAUAUUGUAGGCUGAUGUGGCUACGAGCGGCACUACCCCUGAACAACACAUCACUAUUUCUUCUGUUUCUGAAGGAUGUGAAUACUACGCUUUAUUAUCCAUAAAACAGUCCAGCAGAGCAAAUAUUCAAUAUAUAUUUAUUUUUACAGUACCAGUCAAAAGUUUGGAUACACCUACACAUUCAAGGGUUUUUCUUUAUUUGGACUAUUUUCUACAUUGUAGAAUAAUAGUGAAGACAUCAAAACUAUGAAAUAACACAUAUGGAAUUAUGUGGUAACCAAAGAAGUGUUAAACAAAUCAAAAUAUAUUUUAGAUUUUAGAUUCUUUAAAGUAGCCACCCUUUGCCUUGAUGACAGCUUUGCACACUCUUGGCAUUCUCUCAACCAGUUUCAUGAGGUAGUCACCUGGAAUGCUUUUCCAACAGUCUUGAAGGAGUUUCCACAUAUGCUGAGCACUUGUUGGCUGCUUUUCCUUCACUCUGCGGUCCAACUCAUCCCUAACGAUCUCAAAUGGGUUGAGGUUGGGUGAUUGUGGAGGCCAGGUCAUCUGAUGCAGCACGCCAUCACUCUCCUUCUUGGUCAAAUAGCCCUUACACAGCCUGGAGGUGUGUUUUGGGUCAUUGUCCUGUUGAAAAACAAAUUACAGUCCCACUAAGCGUAAAUCAGAUGGGAUGGCGUAUUGCUGCAGAAUGCUGUGGUAGCCAUGCUGGUUAAGUGUGCCUUUGUAUUCUAAAUAAAUCACUGACAGUGUCACCAGCAAAGCACCCCCACACCAUCACACCUCCAUGCUUCACGGUGGGAACCACACAUGCAGAGAUCAUCCAUUCACCUACUCUGCGUCUCACAAAGACACGGCAGUUGGAACCAAAAAUCUCAAAAUUGGACUCAUCAGACCAAAGGACAGAUUUCCACCGGUCUGAUGUCCAUUGCUCAUGUUUCUUGGCCCAAGCAAGUUUCUUCUUCUUAUUGGUGUCCUUUAGUAGUGGUUUCUUUGCAGCAAUUCGUCCAUGAAGGCCUGAUUCACACAGUCUCCUCUGAACUGUUGAUGAUGAGAUGUGUCUGUUACUUGAAUUUAUUUGGGCUGCAAUUUCUGAGGCUGGUAACUCUAAUGAACUUAUCCUCUGCAGCAGAGGUAACUCUGGGUCUUCCUUUCCUGUGCGGUCCUCAUGAGAGCCAGUUUCCUCAUAGUGCUUGAUGGUUUUUGCGACUGCACUUGAAGAAACUUUCAAAGUUCUUGAAAUUUUCCGGAUUGACUGACCUUCAUGUCUUAAAGUAAUGAUGGACUGUCGUUUCUCUUUGCUUAUUUUAGCUGUUCUUGCCAUAAUAUGGACUUGGACUUUUACCAAAUAGGGCUAUCUUCUGUAUAUCACCCCUACCUUACAACACAACUGAUUGGCUCAAACGCAUUAAGAAGGAAAGAAAUUCCACAAAUGUACUUUUAACAAGGCACACCUGUUAAUUGAAAUGCAUUCCAGGUGACUACCUCAUGAAGCUGGUUGAGAGAAUGCCAAUAGUGUUUAAAGCUGUCAUCAAGGCAAAGGGUGGCUACUUUGAAGAAUCUCAAAUAUAAAAUAUAUUUGGAUUUGUUUAACACUUUUUUGGUUACUACAUGAUUCCAUAUGUGUUAUUUCAUAGUUUUGAUGUCUUCACUAUUAUUCUACAAUGUAGAAAAUAGUAAAAAUAAAGAAAAACCCUUGAAUGAGUAGGUGUGUCCAAACUUUUGACUGGGACUGUGUAUAUAUACAGUGGGGAAAAAAAGUAUUUAGUCAGCCACCAAUUGUGCAAGUUCUCCCACUUAAAAAGAUGGGAGAGGCCUGUAAUUUUCAUCAUAGGUACACGUCAACUAUGACAGACAAAUUGAGAAAAAAAAAUCCAGAAAAUCACAUUGUAGGAUUUUUAAUGAAUUUAUUUGCAAAUUAUGGUGGAAAAUAAGUAUUUGGUCACCUACAAACAAGCAAGAUUUCUGGCUCUCACAGACCUGUAACUUCUUCUUUAAGAGGCUCCUCUGUCCUCCACUCGUUACCUGUAUUAAUGGCACCUGUUUGAACUUGUUAUCAGUAUAAAAGACACCUGUCCACAACCUCAAACAGUCACACUCCAAACUCCACUAUGGCCAAGACCAAAGAGCUGUCAAAGGACACCAUAAACAAAAUUGUAGACCUGCACCAGGCUGGGAAGACUGAAUCUGCAAUAGGUAAGCAGCUUGGUUUGAAGAAAUCAACUGUGGGAGCAAUUAUUAGGAAAUGGAAGAUAUACAAGACCACUGAUAAUCUCCCUCGAUCUGGGGCUCCACGCAAGAUCUCACCCCGUGGGGUCAAAAAUGAUCACAAGAACGGUGAGAAAAAAUCCCAGAACCACACUGGGGGACCUAGUGAAUGACCUGCAGAGAGCUGGGACCAAAGUAACAAAGCCUACCAUCAGUAACACACUACGCCGCCAGGGACUCAAAUCCUGCAGUGCCAGACGUGUCCCCCUGCUUAAGCCAGUACAUGUCCAGGCCCGUCUGAAGUUUGCUAGAGUGCAUUUGGAUGAUCCAGAAGAGGAUUGGGAGAAUGUCAUAUGGUCAGAUGAAACCAAAAUAUAACUUGGACAACUCGUCGUGUUUGGAGGACAAAGAAUGCUGAGUUGCAUCCAAAGAACACCAUACCUACUGUGAAGCAUGGGGGUGUAAACAUCAUGCUUUGGGGCUGUUUUUCUGCAAAGGGACCAGGAUGACUGAUCCGUGUAAAGGAAAGAAUGAAUGGGGCCAUGUAUCGUGAGAUUUUGAGUGAAAACCUCCUUCCAUCAGCAAGGGCAUUGAAGAUGAAACGUGGCUGGGUCUUUCAGCAUGACAAUGAACCCAAACACACCGCCCGGGCAACGAAGGAGUGGCUUCGUAAGAAGCAUUUCAAGGUCCUGGAGUGGCCUAGCCAGUCUCCAGAUCUCAACCCCAUAGAAAAUCUUUGGAGGGAGUUGAAAGUCUGUGUUGCCCAGCGACAGCCCCAAAACAUCACUGCUCUAGAGGAGAUCUGCAUGGAGGAAUGGGCCAAAAUACCAGCAACAGUGUGUGAAAACCUUUUGAAGACUUACAGAAAACGUUUGACCUGUGUCAUUGCCAACAAAGGGUAUAUAACAAAGUAUUGAGAAACUUUUGUUAUUGACCAAAUACUAAUUUUCCACCAUAAUAUGCAAAUAAAUUCAUUAAAAAUCCUACAAUGUGAUUUUCUGGAAAAAAAAAUCUAAUUUUGUCUGUCAUAGUUGACGUGUACCUAUGAUGAAAAUUAUAGACCUCUCUCAUCUUUUUAAGUGGGAGAACUUGCACAAUUGGUGGCUGACUAAAUACUUUUUUCCCCCACUGUAUAUAUGCUAAUAAUAUAUACUACAAUAUAUACUCUGCUGGACUUUUUGUAUGGAUUAUUUACUUAAUCCUCUUGGUUCCUGGAGGAACAUACGGCCUGUACUAAAGUUAUCCUCUUGGUUCCUGGAGGAACAUAGGGCCUGUACUAAAGUUAUCCUCUUGGUUCCUGGAAGAACAUAGGGCCUGUACUAAAGUUAUCAUCUUGGUUCCUGGAGGAACAUAGGGCCUGUACUAAAGUUAUCAUCUUGGUUCCUGGAGGAACAUAGGGCCUGUACUAAAGUUAUCCUCUUGGUUCCUGGAAGAACAUAGGGCCUGUACUAAAGUUAUCAUCUUGGUUCCUGGAGGAACAUAGGGCCUGUACUAAAGUUAUCAUCUUGGUUCCUGGAGGAACAUAGGGCCUGUACUAAAGUUAUCCUCUUGGUUCCUGGAGGAACAUAGGGCCUGUACUAAAGUUAUCCUCUUGGUUCCUGGAGGAACAUAGGGCCAGUACUAAAGUUAUCCUCUUGGUUCCUGGAGGAACAUAGGGCCUGUACUAAAGUUAUCCUCUUGGUUCCUGGAGGAACAUAGGGCCUGUACUAAAGUUAUCCAAAGUAGCCGGUCUUGGGCUGCUUUAUCACCCUCUAGCCAUGACAAGCGGAUCUUCUUGAGUUGUUGUAUGGAUAAAGUACAGAUUAGUUUGAGUCUGCUGUACAUUUGGAUGUUCGCAUGCUAAAUGAUUGUGUCCCUUCCAACUGGUUUGACAACUGGUGCAACUUGCAACUUACAAUUUGUCCUCUGUGUUUCAGCUCCACGUUGUUCAUUAUAACUCUGAUAAGUACAAGAGCUUUAAAGAGGCCAGCGACAAGCCUGAUGGACUGGCAGUUCUAGCCUUUUUCUAUGAGGUGAGAUCUGAAGACAGGUUCUCUAUCUUUCUUCUUCUUCUUCUCCAUCUUCUUCUUCUUCUUCUUCUUCUUCUUCUUCUUCUUCUUCUGUAUUCCAGUAUAUGAACAGAACAGACUUGUGGGCAACUGGCCCGGUGCCCUCUGUAAUAACAUUUGAUAGUAUAAAAGUAUCGGACAUCCUGCCUGCGCGGUUAAUGGGCCCAUUGAUUGGCCGAUUGCGUGCUGUUUGGCCCGCUGAGUGAAAGUUGGCUUCUAGAGAUAGGAACAAAUGGCUGGCUUCAGGUCAUGGGCAGGCAGCCAGGCAGCCAGUCAGCCAGGCAGCCAGUCAGUCAGGCAGCCAGCCAGCCAGCCAGUCAGCCAGGCAGCCAGGCAGUUACCCACAAGGCUGUUCUGUGUGUCAUCUGUUCUGAGUUCAUAUACUGGAAUAUACAAGAAGAAGAAGAAGAAGAAGAAGAAGAAGAAGAAGAAGAAGCCAGCCAGCCAGCCAGCCAGCCAGUCAGUCAGGCAGCCAGCCAGCCAGCCAGUCAGCCAGGCAGCCAGGCAGUUACCCACAAGGCUGUUCUGUGUGUCAUCUGUUCUGAGUUCAUAUACUGGAAUAUACAAGAAGAAGAAGAAGAAGAAGAAGAAGAAGAAGAAGAAGAAGAAGAAGAAGAAGAAGAAGAAGAAGAAGAAGAAGAAGCCAGCCAGCCAGCCAGUCAGUUCCAACACUUUGCUGUGGGUUAGAGGUCAUCGCUAAGGCAACGCUGCCACAGGGCACAGGCAUCCUUCCCAGCUACCUAAUGGACCGCAGCUGUGGAGCUGGUGUGUGUGUGCCGGUGUUCUAUUGCCCUAUUACUGGUAGUCCUGCUUACUGAGACAAUGUUCUAGUCACACACACAGCUGGAGUUUGGAGUUUUCUCUCCCACCCCUACAAUGAGGGAAAAAAUAGUAUUUGAUCCACUGCUGAUUUUGUACGUUUGCCCACUGACAAAGAAAUGAUCAGUCUAUAAUUUUAAUGGUAGGUUUAUUUGAACAGUGAGAGACAGAAUAACAACAAACAAAUCCAGAAAAACGCAUGUCAAAAAUGUUAUAAAUUGAUUUGCAAGUAUUUGACCCCCUCUCAAUCAGAAAGAUUUCUGGCUCCCAGGUGUCUUUUAUACAGGUAACGAGCUGAGAUUAGGAGCACACUCUUAAAGGGAGUGCUCCUAAUCUCAGUUUGUUACCUGUAUAAAAGACACCUGUCCACAGAAGCAAUCAAUCAAUCAGAUUCCAAACUCUCCACCAUGGCCAAGACCAAAGAGCUCUCCAAGGAUGUCAGGGACAAGAUUGUAGACCUACGCAAGGCUGGAAUGGGCUACAAGACCAUCGCCAAGCAGCUUGGCGAGAAGGUGACAACAGUUGAUGCGAUUAUUCGCAAAUGGAAGAAACACAAAAUAACUGUCAAUCUCCCUCGGCCUGGGGCUCCAUGCAAGAUCUCACCUCGUGGAGUUGCAAUGAUCAUGAGAACGGUGAGGAAUCAGCCCAGAACUACACGGGAGGAUCUUGUCAAUGAUCUCAAGGCAGCUGGGACCAUAGUCACCAAGAAAACAAUUGAUAACACACUACGCCGUGAAGGACUGAAAUCCUGCAGCGCCCGCAAGGUCCCCCUGCUCAAGAAAGCACAUAUACAGGCCCGUCUGAAGUUUGCCAAUGAACAUCUGAAUGAUUCAGAGGAGAACUGGGUGAAAGUGUUGUGGUCAGAUGAGACCAAAAUCGAGCUCUUUGGCAUCAACUCAACUCACCAUGUUUGGAGGAGGAGGAAUGCUGCCUAUGACCCCAAGAACACCAUCCCCACCGUCAAACAUGGAGGUGGAAACGACCGGGAGACCCAUGGGCGGCGCACAAUUGGUCCAGCGUCGUCCAAGGUAGGGGAGGGUUUGGCCGGCAGGGAUGUGGGUUCGUUUCCCACGGGGGGCCAGUAUGAAAAAAAAAAAAAAAAAACAUUUAUGCAUUCACUAACUGUAAGUCGCUCUGGAUAAGAGCGUCUGCUAAAUGACUUAAAUGUAAAAUGAAACAUUAUGCUUUGGGGGGGGUUUUCUGCUAAGGGGACAGGACAACUUCACCACAUCAAAGGGAUGAUGGACGGCGCCAUCUACCGUCAAAUCUUGGGUGAGAACCUCCUUCCCUCAGUCAGGGCAUUGAAAAUGGGUCGUGGAUGGGUAUUCCAGCAUGACAAUGACCCAAAACACACGGCCAAGGCAACAAAGGAGUGGCUCAAGAAGAAGCACAUUAAGGUCCUGGAGUGGCCUAGCCAGUCUCCAGACCUUAAUCCCAUAGAAAAUCUGUGGAGGGAGCUGAAGGUUCGAGUUGCCAAACGUCAGGCUCGAAACCUUAAUGACUUGGAGAAGAUCUGCGAAGAGGAGUGGGACAAAAUCCCUCCUGAGAUGUGUGCAAACCUGGUGGCCAACUACAAGAAACGUCUGACCUCUGUGAUUGCCAACAAGGGUUUUGCCACCAAGUACUAAGUAAUGCAAAUCAAUUUAUAACAUUUUUGACAUGCGUUUUUCUGUAUUUUUGUUGUUGUUAUUCUGUCUCUCACUAUUAAAAUAAGCCUACCAUUAAAAUUAUAGACUGAUCAUGUCUUUGUCAGUGGGCAAACAUACAAAAUCAGCAGGGGAUCAAAUACUUUUUUCCCUCACUGUAGCUCUCCUGUUUGCCUUUUUUUAAAGGAGAGUAUUUUUGUUUUCAUUCAGACAUAAAAGAGAGGGGAUGAGAGAUACAUGGAAUAUGAAGAGACACACAUGGAAACAUACUGAUACGUAGUUUAUCUCUCCUGUAGUCAUGUUGCCAGUCUGGUUAUCUCUCCUGUAGUCAUGUUGCCAGUCUGUUUAUCUCUCCUGUAGUCAUGUUGCCAGUCUGUUUAUCUCUCCUGUAGCCAUGUUGCCAGUCUGGUUAUCUCUCCUGUAGUCAUGUUGACAGUCUGUUUAUCUCUCCUGUAGUCAUGUUGGCAGUCUGUUUAUCUCUCCUGUAGCCAUGUUGCCAGUCUGGUUAUCUCUCCUGUAGUCAUGUUGCCAGUCUGUUUAUCUCUCCUGUAGUCAUGUUGACAGUCUGUUUAUCUCUCCUGUAGUCAUGUUGCCAGUCUGUUUAUCUCUCCUGUAGCCAUGUAGCCAGUCUGUUUAUCUCUCCUGUAGUCAUGUUGCCAGUCUGGUUAUCUCUCCUGUAGUCAUGUUGCCAGUCUGUUUAUCUCUCCUGUAGUCAUGUUGCCAGUCUGUUUAUCUCUCCUGUAGUCAUGUUGCCAGUCUGUUUAUCUCUCCUGUAGUCAUGUUGCCAGUCUGUUUAUCUCUCCUGUAGCCAUGUUGCCAGUCUGGUUAUCUCUCCUGUAGUCAUGUUGACAGUCUGUUUAUCUCUCCUGUAGUCAUGUUGGCAGUCUGUUUAUCUCUCCUGUAGCCAUGUUGCCAGUCUGGUUAUCUCUCCUGUAGUCAUGUUGCCAGUCUGUUUAUCUCUCCUGUAGUCAUGUUGCCAGUCUGUUUAUCUCUCCUGUAGCCAUGUAGCCAGUCUGUUUAUCUCUCCUGUAGUCAUGUUGCCAGUCUGGUUAUCUCUCCUGUAGCCAUGUUGCCAGUCUGGUUAUCUCUCCUGUAGUCAUGUUGCCAGUCUGUUUAUCUCUCCUGUAGUCAUGUUGCCAGUCUGUUUAUCUCUCCUGUAGUCAUGUUGCCAGUCUGUUUAUCUCUCCUGUAGUCAUGUUGACAGUCUGUUUAUCUCUCCUGUAGUCAUGUUGGCAGUCUGUUUAUCUCUCCUGUAGCCAUGUUGCCAGUCUGGUUAUCUCUCCUGUAGUCAUGUUGCCAGUCUGUUUAUCUCUCCUGUAGUCAUGUUGCCAGUCUGUUUAUCUCUCCUGUAGUCAUGUAGCCAGUCUGUUUAUCUCUCCUGUAGUCAUGUUGGCAGUCUGUUUAUCUCUCCUGUAGUCAUGUUGCCAGUCUGUUUAUCUCUCCUGUAGUCAUGUUGGCAGUCUGUUUAUCUCUCCUGUAGCCAUGUAGCCAGCCUGUUUCUGUUUCAGCCAACGUGUGGUUGUUUUGCCAGUUCUGUUCGGACAAAAUUAAUGUGUGGCCGUGCACGACGGUGGUAGGACUGAUCACCGACGCCGAUGUGGCAGCCUACACAGAAGAAGUCAGAGACCUGGCAGUGUGCUGCCAGGACAACAACCUCUCCCUCAACGUUAGCAAGACAAAAGAGCUGAUCGUGGACUACAGGAAACGGAGGGCCGAGCACGCCCCAUCCACAUCGACAGGGCUGUUGUGGAGCAGGUCGAGAGCUUCAAGUUCUUCGGUGUCCACAUUACUGAGAAACUAUCAUGGUCCACAGACAUCAACACAGUCGUGAAGAGGGUACGACAAUGCCUCUUCCCCCUCAGUAGGCUGAAAAGAUUUGGCAUGGGCCCUCAGAUCCUCAAAAAGUUAUUCAGCUGCACCAAUGAGAGCAUUUUGACUGGCUGCAUCACCGCUUGGUAUGGCAACUGCAUGGCAUCCGACCGCAAGGUGCUACAGAGGGUAAUGCGUACGGCCCAGUACAUCACUGGGGCCAAGCUUCCUGCCAUCCAGGACGUCUAUACCAGGCGGUGUCAGAGGAAAGCCCUAACAAUUGUCAAAGACUCCAGCCACCCAAGUCAUAGGCUGUUCUGUCUGCUACCACACGGCAAGCGGUACUGAUGCACCAUGUCUGGAACCAACAGGACCGUAAAUAGCUUCUACCCCAAAUCUAUAAGAUUGCUAAAUAGUUGUCUCAUCACAUAUGCUGCUGUUACUGUUUAUUAUCUGUCCUGUUGCCUAGUCACUUUACCCCUACCUAUAUGUACAUAUCUACCUCAAUUACCUCGUACCCCUGCACAUCGACUCGGUACUGGUACUCCGUGUAUAUAGCCAAGUUAUCGUUACUCGUUGUGUAUUUAUUCCUUGUGUUAUUAUUUUUAAAAUGUUAUAUUAUUUCUAUUGUUUUCGCUCCUCGUUGUUGGGAAGGGCCUGUAAGCGUUUUACUGGUAGUCUACACCUGUUGUUUACGAAGCAUGUGACAAAUCAAAUUUUAUUUGACAUUUUAUUUUAUUUGAAACCUUUAGCCAGUUAGUGUGAUGGCCAUUUUGAAAACACCUACAACAGCGAUUUAAUCAACAACCUAACUCAUUCUCUCCUGUUGCCUAGUUGCCAUUCAGGACGGUUUCUUUUUUUGCCAGUUUGGUUGUUUGCCUCAUUUUGGCAAGGAGUUCAUGUAGCCUAGGAAUGGAGAUUCCAUCACUUACCUGUUCGUAGGUUUGAUCGUGUUUUUUUCUGGUAUAGGACGGACAUUUUGAGAACACCUACUACAGCGAUUUCAUCAACAACCUGGGAAAAGUCAAGUACGCAGGUGAUUUGGUUUUCUUUGGAAUAUUAUUGAAUUUAUCUACAUUAAUAACAGUAUUACUGAAUCUAUCUACAUUAAUAACAGCAUUACUGAAUCUAAAUAACAGUAUUACUGAAUCUAUCUACAUUAAUAUCAGUAUUACUGAAUCUAUCUACAUUAAUAACAGUAUUACUGAAUCUAUCUACAUUAAUAACUGUAUUACUGAAUCUAUCUACAUUAAUAACAGCAUUACUGAAUCUUAAUAACAGUAUUACUGAAUCUAUCUACAUUAAUAACAGUAUUACUGAUGCUCAGUUUCUGUUUUCACCUGUUGGGAUGUUGUACAGGCCAGUCCAUGAACAUAUCCACCCUCAACGUGCGUUCCAUGCUGCCCGAGAACCUGAACCAUUUCUUCAGGUACCAGGGCUCUCUCACCACCCCUCCCUGUUACGAGAGCAUCCUGUGGACCGUGUUCGACACGCCCAUCACUCUCUCUCACAACCAGGUACUAUACCCAUCACCCUCUCUCACAACCAGGUACUAUACCCAUCACCAUCUCUCACAACCAGGUACUAUACCCAUCACCAUCUCUCACAACCAUGUACUAUACCCAUCACCCUCUCUCACAACCAGGUACUAUACCCAUCACCAUCUCUCACAACCAUGUACUAUACCCAUCACCCUCUCUCACAACCAGGUACUAUACCCAUCACCAUCUCUCACAACCAGGUACUAUACCCAUCACCCUCUCUCACAACCAGGUACUAUACCCAUCACCAUCUCUCACAACCAGGUACUAUACCCAUCACCAUCUCUCACAACCAGGUACUAUACCCAUCACCCUCUCUCACAACCAGGUACUAUACCCAUCACCAUCUCUCACAACCAGGUACUAUACCCAUCACCAUCUCUCACAACCAGGUACUAUACCCAUCACCCUCUCUCACAACCAGGUACUAUACCCAUCACCAUCUCUCACAACCAGGUACUAUACCCAUCACCCUCUCUCACAACCAGGUACUAUACCCAUCACCAUCUCUCACAACCAUGUACUAUACCCAUCACCCUCUCUCACAACCAGGUACUAUACCCAUCACCAUCUCUCACAACCAGGUACUAUACCCAUCACCCUCUCACACAACCAGGUACUAUACCCAUCACCCUCUCUCACAACCAGGUACUAUACCCAUCACCCUCUCUCACAACCAGGUACUAUACCCAUCACCCUCUCUCACAACCAGGUACUAUACCCAUCACCAUCUCUCACAACCAUGUACUAUACCCAUCACCAUCUCUCACAACCAGGUACUAUACCCAUCACCAUCUCUCACAACCAGGUACUAUACCCAUCACCAUCUCUCACAACCAGGUACUAUACCCAUCACCAUCUCUCACAACCAGGUACUAUACCCAUCACCAUCUCUCACAACCAGGUACUAUACCCAUCACCAUCUCUCACAACCAGGUACUAUACCCAUCACCAUCUCUCACAACCAGGUACUAUACCCAUCACCAUCUCUCACAAUCAGGUACUAUACCCAUCACAAUCUCUCACAACCAUGUACUAUACCCAUCACCCUCUCUCACAACCAGGUAACCCUGCGCUCUCUCACAAACCUUCUGAUCAGGUUUGGAGGGUAAAUCACAGAAUAAAUGGUUUAUUCCGAAAACACAGCAGUAAGCAGCAACGCGUAAAACACUCCAGUGCAGAAAUACGGCGCACUGGGAAACAACAAGGCACACGGGUGAAUAUCGUGGAGAUACAAAAUACAAAGAGCUCCACAGCGCUAAUCUAACCUCCACAAUAAACAAUCACACACAAAGACAAGGGGGCAGAGGGAACACUUAUACAGGUACUGGUGAGGGGAUAUGAACCAGGUGUGUGUAAUGAACAAGACAAAACCAAUGGAAUGAUGAUAUGAGGAGCGGCAGUGGCUAGAAGGCCGGCGACGACGAAGCCUGCCCGAACAAGGAGAGGAGGCAGCUUCGGAGGAAGACGUGACAAUUAUUGAAUUCAUUCAUUCAUUCAUUCACUCUCCUUCCUCUCCUCUCAUCCAGAUCAGGAAGUUGGAAAGUACUCUGAUGGACAUGGACAAUAAGACUUUGUGGAAUGAUUACCGCAUGGCCCAACCUCUCAACGACCGCGUGGUCGAGUCCUCCUUCCUGCCUCGCCUGGGGAAAGGCAGUAUGUAUACAGAACCUACUCUCAGGGAAUUUAAAAAGAUCAACUAAACUGGAAAAUAUUAUUAUAUGUCUAUACAGGGCCUGCUGUAUAUGAUAGGGAAUGGAUUAACUGGUUGUCCUACUAUGGAUGUAGCCUCCAUUUGAACAGGCAGCACUGUAUCUACAGAUGUAGGAUCUUAGUUUGAGCCAGUUUGCUACAGCAGGAAAAUGAUCCUGCAGCAACAGGAUACGUUAAUUAUUAUGUGGAUUAUAAUGAAUGAAUAUUUUUUUAGGGGUUGAUACAUUUUUUGUUAGGGUAAACCUAGUCUGAAAUUUCAAAUAGGAAAUUACAAACUUUAGAAGUCUUUUAAAAACUCAAAUACACUACAAGUUUUCAUUUCCUGCUUAGCAGGAAAAUUCUCAGCAACAAAAGAAUGAUAAAUGAAGAUCCUACAUCUGUAUACGGGCCCCUGGUGUGUGUGUUAGGGAAUGGAUAGUCUUGUGUUGCCAGACUGUAAUUGUGCCUUCGCUUUUCUUACUAUUAUUACAUUUUCCCAGCAACCCUUGGGACAGGAAAAGGCUGAGAUCAAUGUUAAGGAAUGGAUCAACUAAACAGACAAAUAGAUAUAGAUUGAUAUAUCUCGUAUUGAUGCUCAACAUAUGUAUUUAAUAUAGUGGAUUUCUAAGCCCUGAUUUAGAUGAUGCUCAUCAUAUGGAUCCCAUCUGAGAGGAAUUAGCCUCAAGGUCUUUCCCCAUGUUCACUUCUCCCUCCUCUAUGACGCAUGGUUCACUCCUCUCUCCCUCUCUCUCUCUCCGCCCCUCUGCUCUAUCUCAUCGAGAAGAGGAGCGCUCCGAGCGGGAGGAGAGAGGCUGAGGCGAGAGAGAUGACCACCGCCAGCGGGCGUCCCCGCGGCGCGCGUCCUCUGCUCUACUCUCUCGAGAGAGCUCGCUGCCGCUCACGCUCUCUAUCUUCCUCUCUCUCGUAUCUCGAGAUCUCGCUCCGCUCUCCUCUCUAUCUCUCUCUCCGCGAGAUAGGCUUCAGAGGCGAGGUGCAAGAGGAGCAGAGGGGUCGAGGACGAGAGAAAGCGAGAACGGCAGAGAGAGAGGGCGGAGAGAGCGGAGAGAGUAGAGCGGGAGGGACGCGAGAGAGGAUGCGCGACGCGAGAGUCAAUCUCCCUCUUUCUUUUAAUCACUAUCUCUUCCCUCUUCACUCUCCCUCGAUAUACUCUCGCUUCUCUCUUGCUCUCUCUCUCUCCUCCUCCCAUCUCGUCUAUCUCUCUCUCCUCCUCUCUCCUACCUCUCUCACUCUCCUCCCUUCUCUCCUCCCUCUCUUUCUCGCUCUCUCACUCUCUCUCUUCCUCUCUUUCUCUCUCUCUCCCUCCACUCAGCGUUCUGUCGCCAAGAUGAAAUCGAAUCAAGGCUUCUGAAGAUCGAGGGUCUGAUUACUUCUCUUGGAAAACACAUACAUUCAAGUGAGAUAUAUAUCUGUAUUGACAUUUAAAAGUUAACAAUGAGUGAAGGUUUUAUCUGAACUGACUCUUGGAACUGUGUUUGUGUUAAUGUAGGUGCAAUUGGGAAUGCAAGGCCUUCCAAACAAGGUGAGUAGUUAGGUAUGGAGUACAUCGUACUCUACGAGUUAUAUACUACGUGUAAUAACACCAACGUGUUAUUACAAUGUAGUUACAAUCAGGGGGUUGGAACCAAAAUGUUUUUUCCAAUCAUUUCGUUCUGAACAGAAACACUAUUUUUAUAGUUUCAUUCCACUGUUCCCGACCAGCAAAAUAAAGUUCUGAACCGGUUCGAACCCAAAACAAAAGUACCAGUUUACCUCCUUCCUUUCUGUUCAUUUUUUAACCUGUGAAAUCAACAGUAUUUUACAUUUAGCUUAUUAAACUACUUCACCAAUCAAUGAGGAUAGAGCAGGCGAGCUAGUCGUUUACAAGCGUGAUGGACAGACGAGUGUAGCCUAUGGUGCAAGACGCAAAUUACAUUUUGCGUGUGGGGAGAGAGCGAGAGAGAGGGUUGAGGAUGAGGCUUGAAGCGCUGGGCAUCUUGUUAUGACAUGCAGUAAUUAUACUGUAUGAAUUAGGUCCACAGAAUUAUACCUAGGAGGAGUGACUUCUAUGGAUGAACUUUGAAUGUCUCUGAGCUAGCUAGCUAACAAGCUUGUGUCUGCAGAGCGGCACCAGAAUUAAAACAUGUCUAACCUUUUUGUUGUAACUAAUAAAUCCAAUGGGAAACGUGAUAACUAGGCCUAUGGUAUCCUUAACUAGCAUUGAAAAAGUGAAUCCAUUCAUCCUUAAUUAAAAAGCUCUCUCCCUAUCUUCUAAAUCAACCUUGUAAUGUCUGUACAGUAGCUCUGCUUCUGAGAGGGGAGGGGAGGGGCGGGCAGCCUAGACAUGCACAGGCAAAGAUUUCCAGCUUGCAGGCAGACACUGGAAUACGUUUCUGAGUGACAGAGUGAGGGCUUUGCAUAGGCGCUUCGUUGCAUUUUGUUGUGGGACUAGAAGAAAGAAAAUGCCUGGAAUGUAAAAUAAUGUUAUUAACCGGUUCCCAAUGCUUUUAAAAAGAAUGGUUCUGUUCCGGAACAGUAUGGAUCACUUUCGUUCCUGGUUCCAUUUCUGUUCCUUCAAAAAUGGUGUUCAGGUUUUCUGUUCUGUUCCCUGAACCGGUUCCAACCCCUGGUUACACUAGUAGUUACACUAGUAGUUACAAUAGUAGUUACACUAGUAGUUACACUAGUAGUUACACUAGUAGUCAUACUAGUAGUCACACUAGUAGUUACACUAGUAGUUACACUAGUAGUCACACUAGUAGUUACACUAGUAGUCACACUAGUAGUCUCACUAGUAGUCAUAUUAGUAGUCACACUAGUAGUCACACUAGUAGUUACACUAGUAGUUACAAUAGUAGUUACAAUAGUAGUUACACUAGUAGUCAUAUUAGUAGUUACACUAGUAGUUACAAUAUUAGUUACACUAGUAGUCAGACUAGUAGUUACACUAGUAGUUACACUAGUAGUCAGACUAGUAGUUACAAUAGUAGUUACACUAGUAGUCACACUAGUAGUCACACUAGUAGUUACAAUAUUAGUUACACUAGUAGUCAGACUAGUAGUUACACUAGUAGUCAGACUAGUAGUUACACUAGUAGUUAAACUAGUAGUCAGAAUAGUAGUCACACUAGUAGUUACACUAGUAGUCACACUAGUAGUUACACUAGUAGUCACACUAGUAGUCACACUAGUAGUUACACUAGUAGUCAGACUAGUAUUUACACUAGUAGUCACACUAGUAGUUACACUAGUAGUUACACUAGUAGUUACACUAGUAGUCAGACUAGUAGUUACACUAGUAGUCACACUAGUAGUUACACUAGUAGUUACACUAGUAGUUACAAUAGUAGUUACACUAGUAGUCAGACUAGUAGUUACACUAGUAGUCACACUAGUAGUUACACUAGUAGUUACACUAGUAGUUACACUAGUAGUCAGACUAGUAGUUACAAUAGUAGUUACACUAGUAGUCACACUAGUAGUUACACCAGUAGUCACACUAGUAGUUACACUAGUAGUCAGACUAGUAGUUACACUAGUAGUCACACUAGUAGUCACACUAGUAGUUACACUAGUAGUCACACUAGUAGUCACACUAAUAGUCACACUAGUAGUUACACUAGUAGUCACACUAGUAGUUACACUAGUAGUCAGACUUGUAGUUACAAUAGUAGUUACACUAGUAGUCACACUAGUAGUUACACUAGUAGUCAGACUAGUAGUUACACUAGUAGUCACACUAGUAGUUACACUAGUAGUCACACUAGUAGUUACACUAGUAGUCACACUAGUAGUUACACUAGUAGUCAGACUAGUAGUUACAAUUGUAGUUACACCAGUAGUCACACUAGUAUUUACACUAGUAGUCACACUAGUAGUUACAAUAGUAGUUACAAUUGUAGUUACACCAGUAGUCACACUAGUAUUUACACUAGUAGUCACACUAGUAGUUACACUAGUAGUCACACUAGUAGUUACAAUAGUAGUUACACUAGUAGUUACACUAGUAGUCAGACUAGUAGUUACAAUAGUAGUUACACUAGUAGUCACACUAGUAGUUACACUAGUAGUCACACUAGUAGUUACACUAGUAGUCACACUAGUAGUUACACUAGUAGUCACACUAGUAGUUACACUAGUAGUCAGACUAGUAGUUACAAUUGUAGUUACACCAGUAGUCACACUAGUAUUUACACUAGUAGUCACACUAGUAGUUACACUAGUAGUCACACUAGUAGUUACAAUAGUAGUUACACUAGUAGUUACACUAGUAGUCAGACUAGUAGUUACAAUAGUAGUUACACUAGUAGUCACACUAGUAGUUACACUAGUAGUCACACUAGUAGUUACACUAGUAGUCAGACUAGUAGUUACAAUUGUAGUUACACCAGUAGUCACACUAGUAUUUACACUAGUAGUCACACUAGUAGUUACACUAGUAGUCACACUAGUAGUUACACUAGUAGUCACACUAGUAGUCACACUAGUAGUUACACUAGUAGUUACACUAGUAGUCAGACUAGUAGUUACAAUAGUAGUUACACUAGUAGUCACAUUAGUAGUUACACUAGUAGUCACACUAGUAGUCACACUAGUAGUCACACUAGUAGUUACACUAGUAGUUACACUAGUAGUCACACUAGUAGUCACACUAGUAGUUACACUAGUAGUCACACUAGUAGUCACACUAAUAGUCACACUAGUAGUUACACUAGUAGUCACACUAGUAGUUACACUAGUAGUCAGACUUGUAGUUACAAUAGUAGUUACACUAGUAGUCACACUAGUAGUUACACUAGUAGUCAGACUAGUAGUUACACUAGUAGUCACACUAGUAGUUACACUAGUAGUCACACUAGUAGUUACACUAGUAGUUACACUAGUAGUUACACUAGUAGUCAGACUAGUAGUUACAAUAGUAGUUACACUAGUAGUCACACUAGUAGUUACACUAGUAGUCACACUAGUAGUUACACUAGUAGUCAGACUAGUAGUUACAAUUGUAGUUACACCAGUAGUCACGCUAGUAUUUACACUAGUAGUCACACUAGUAGUUACACUAGUAGUCACACUAGUAGUUACAAUAGUAGUUACACUAGUAGUUAACUAGUAGUCAGACUAGUAGUUACAAUAGUAGUUACACUAGUAGUCACACUAGUAGUUACACUAGUAGUCACACUAGUAGUUACACUAGUAGUCAGACUAGUAGUUACAAUUGUAGUUACACCAGUAGUCACACUAGUAUUUACACUAGUAGUCACACUAGUAGUUACACUAGUAGUCACACUAGUAGUUACACUAGUAGUCACACUAGUAGUCACACUAGUAGUCACACUAGUAGUUACACUAGUAGUUACACUAGUAGUCAGACUAGUAGUUACAAUAGUAGUCAGAAUAGUAGUCACACUAGUAGUUACAAUAGUAGUCACACUAGUAGUUACACUAGUAGUUACACUAGUAGUUACACUAGUAGUCAGACUAGUAGUUACAAUAGUAGUUACACUAGUAGUCACACUAGUAGUUACACUAGUAGUCACACUAGUAGUUACACUAGUAGUCAGACUAGUAGUUACAAUUGUAGUUACACCAGUAGUCACACUAGUAUUUACACUAGUAGUCACACUAGUAGUUACACUAGUAGUCACACUAGUAGUUACACUAGUAGUCACAUUAGUAGUCACACUAGUAGUUACACUAGUAGUUACACUAGUAGUCAGACUAGUAGUUACAAUAGUAGUUACACUAGUAGUCACACUAGUAGUCACACUAGUAGUCACACUAGUAGUUACACUAGUAGUUACACUAGUAGUCACACUAGUAGUUACACUAGUAGUCAGACUAGUAGUUACACUAGUAGUCACACUAGUAGUUACACUAGUAGUCACACUAGUAGUCAGACUGGUAGUUACACUAGGAGUUACAAUAGUAGUCACACUAGUAGUUACACUAGUAGUCACAAUAGUAGUCACACUAGUAGUCACACUAGUAGUUACACUAGUAGUCACAAUAGUAGUUACACUAGUAGUUACACUAGUAGUCAGACUAGUAGUCACACUAGUAGUCAUACUAGUAGUCACACUAGUAGUCAUACUAGUAGUUACAAUAGUAGUUACACUAGUAGUCACACUAGUAGUUACACUAGUAGUCACACUAGUAGUUACACUAGUAGUUACACUAGUAGUUACGCUAGUAGUUACACUAGUAGUCACACUAGUAGUUACACUAGUAGUCACACUAGUAGUUACACUAGUAGUCACACUAUUAGUUACACUUGUAGUUACACUAGUAGUCACACUAGUAGUCACACUAGUAGUCAGACUAGUAGUUACACUAGUAGUCACACUAGUAGUUACACUAGUAGUCACACUAGUAGUCAGACUGGUAGUUACACUAGGAGUUACAAUAGUAGUCACACUAGUAGUUACACUAGUAGUCACAAUAGUAGUCACACUAGUAGUCACACUAGUAGUUACACUAGUAGUCACAAUAGUAGUUACACUAGUAGUUACACUAGUAGUCAGACUAGUAGUCACACUAGUAGUCAUACUAGUAGUCACACUAGUAGUCAUACUAGUAGUUACAAUAGUAGUUACACUAGUAGUCACACUAGUAGUUACACUAGUAGUCACACUAGUAGUUACACUAGUAGUUACGCUAGUAGUUACACUAGUAGUCACACUAGUAGUUACACUAGUAGUCACACUAGUAGUUACACUAGUAGUCACACUAGUAGUUACACUAGUAGUUACACUAGUAGUCACACUAGUAGUUACACUAGUAGUCAGACUGGUAGUUACACUAGGAGUUACAAUAGUAGUCACACUAGUAGUUACACUAGUAGUCACACUAGUAGUUACACUAGUAGUCACACUAGUAGUUACACUAGUAGUUACACUAGUAGUUACACCAGUAGUCAGACUAGUAGUCACACUAGUAGUCAGACUGGUAGUUACACUAGGAGUUACAAUAGUAGUCACACUAGUAGUUACACUAGUAGUCACAAUAGUAGUCACACUAGUAGUCACACUAGUAGUUACACUAGUAGUCACAAUAGUAGUUACACUAGUAGUUACACUAGUAGUUACACUAGUAGUCACAAUAGUAGUUACACUAGUAGUUACACUAGUAGUCAGACUAGUAGUCACACUAGUAGUCAUACUAGUAGUCACACUAGUAGUCAUACUAGUAGUUACAAUAGUAGUUACACUAGUAGUCACACUAGUAGUUACACUAGUAGUUACGCUAGUAGUUACACUAGUAGUCACACUAGUAGUUACACUAGUAGUCACACUAGUAGUUACACUAGUAGUCACACUAGUAGUUACACUAGUAGUCACACUAGUAGUUACACUAGUAGUUACACCAGUAGUUACACUAGUAGUUACACUAGUAGUCACACUAGUAGUUACACUAGUAGUCACACUAGUAGUUACACUAGUAGUUACACCAGUAGUUACACUAGUAGUUACACUAGUAGUCACACUAGUAGUUACACUAGUAGUCACACUAGUAGUUACACUAGUAGUUACACCAGUAGUUACACUAGUAGUCACACUAGUAGUCACACUAGUAGUUACACUAGUAGUUACACUAGUAGUUACACUAGUGGUCCUCUGUAGCUCAGUUGGUAGAGCACGGCGCUUGUAACGCCAAGGUAGUGGGUUCGAGCCCCGGGACCACCCAUACACAAAAAUUAAAAUGUAUGCACGCAUGACUGUAAGUCGCUUUGGAUAAAAGCGUCUGCUAAAUGGCAUAUUAUUAUUAUAUUAUUACUAGUAGUCACACUAGUAGUUACACUAGUAGUCACACUAGUAGUUACACUAGUAGUCACACUAGUAGUCAGACUAGUAGUUACAAUAUUAGUCACACUAGUAGUUACACUAGUAGUCACACUAGUAGUUACACUAGUAGUCAUAUUAGUAGUUACACCAGUAGUUACACCAGUAGUCAGAACAUAACUACGGGUAUAUUUAAUGUAUAGGGUAACAUUUUACAUGAAGUUGCUUUUUUAUGAUCUAUUUAGAGUACUUAUAUUUAGAGAAUUGUUCUGUGAUGCAGUAGUUGUAUAGCAUUCUGUCUUCUGUGUCAGAUGUUAACCCUAUCCCUCCUGUCCCCCUAUAGAGCCCAGAGCGAUGUUUCCCCUGGUGCUCCACUUCCCAGAGAGGAACUCAGAGAGUUAUGCCCUGGCCCACCUACCUCACCCCAUGGACCUGCACUCCUUCACCGCCUGCAUGCACCUGAGGACACACCCUGGAGGGGUACACACUGUCCUGUCAUACUCCAGCCAGGGCCACGACAACGAACUGAUGAUCACCAUGGGAUAUGAGGUGGGUGGGAGUCAGGGAGGGAGUCAGGGAGGGAGAGAGUCCAGGGAGGGACUCGGGGGGGUGGAGGGAGUCAGGGAGGGAGGGGAGUCAGGGAGGGAGGGAUUCAGGGAGGGAGUCAGGGAGGGAGUCAGGGAGGGAGUCAAGGAGGGAGGGGAGUCAGGGAGGGAGGGAGUCAGGGAUGGAGUUGGGAGGGAGGGGAGUCAGGGAGGGAGAGAGUCAGGGAGGGAGGGAGUCAGGGAGGGAGUUGGGAGUCAGGGAGGGAGGGAGUCAGGGAGGGAGUUGGGAGGGACUCGGGGGGUGGAGGGAGUCAGGGAGGGAGGGGAGUCAGGGAGGGAGUCAGGGAGGGAGGGACUUGGGGGGGGGUGGAGGGAGUCAGGGAGGGAGGGACUCGGGGGGGUGGAGGGAGUCAGGGAGGGAGGGAUGGAGGGAGUCAGGGAGGGAGGGACUCGGGGGGGUGGAGGGAGUCAGGGAGGGAGGGAGUCGGGGGGGGAGUGAGCAAGGGAGGGCGGGAGGGAUGGAAAAGUAAUCAACAGUCUUAUUUAUAUUUUUCAUGUGAUCCAUCCAGGUGGGUCUGUGGAUCGGCAACGAGUUUGUCAACCUGCCACACAACUUCCACUCCCGUGACUGGGUCAACUACUGUGUCACCUGGUCGUCCCACUCCGGGGGGGCUGAGCUGUGGAUCAACGGGCUGGUGGGGGAGGAGCAGUACCUCCGUAGGGGAUACACAGUCAGCCCAGCAGGGGUCUUCAUCCUGGGCAAGGACCAGGACGGCUUCCUGGGGAUUUCUGACACGGACGCCUUCUUGGGUCAGAUGACGGAUGUCAACGUGUGGGACUAUGUUUUGAGCUCGGCUGAGAUCCAGGAACAGAUGUCCUGUGAGAACACCACCUCUCCCAGGGGGAACGUGUUCAGCUGGGGGGUCACUCCUCUGAGUCUUUAUGGGGGGGUGCAGCUGGAGACAGACUACAGGUGUCCCUGAGAGGAGGGGUGGGGGGGGUGGGGGGUGCAGCUGGAGACAGACUACAGGUGUCCCUGAGAGGAGGGGUGGGGGGGGGGUGCAGCUGGAGACAGACUACAGGUGUCCCUGAGAGGAGGGGUGGGGGGGGGGGGUGCAGCUGGAGACAGACUACAAGUGUCCCUGAGGGGAGCAGACAACUGAAGCGCAGGGAAGCCUGGGUGGUGUUCAGUAGGGCACAACGUAGCAAAACGUUUUGCAACAGAAAUAAAAUAUAAAUCUGACUUCUUAUUGGACAAGUUCAGGUAGUGCAGUACCAUUGUGUUUCAUGCCGUUUCAAAACAUUUUGUCCCUACUGAACAUGACCCUGUUCUCACAGAGCAGAGGAUUCCCACUAUCAACACAAUGUAGUGCUGUACGGUCUAACAUUAUGUCCCGUCAAUAUAUCAAAUCUAUCCUUUACUGCUGAUGACUAUUGAGUAUAACUCAUCUAUUUGAGACAUGGGUAUCAGGUUCAGUAUGACAAUGUUUAUUGUAUGAGGGAAGGGAAUCACGGAAGAUCUCUGAACGUCCGUGUGGGCUCAGAGCAUCAGCCAUCUAUCGCAUUCAUAUCUUUGUAUCCUCAAUAAAGUUAUAUUUGAAGCAUCUUGUAUGUUUAUUUGAUUAAAUUUAAUAGCAAUAUACCGUUAGACAGGCUACAGAGCCAGUGAACUACAAAACAGACACACUCAUCUAGACAGACAUAGAAAGAAAAUAAAAAAGAUUUUAAAAAACAAAAAAACUUUUUAAAGGACCAGUGCAGUCAAACUUAUGUUUUUCCUGUGUUUUGUAUGAUAUUGUACAACAGCUGAUGAAACGAACAGUGUGUUUUAAAAAAAAUUAAAUAAUGUUUUUAUCAGUGUUAUUUCCUGAUAGUUGCUGGUUGAAAAUACAAUCUUCACAGGACCAUCUAAUCAGCUUGUUUGCAUGGGCGUGAGUUUCGGCUUGCCUGGUGACAUCACCAGGCGGUAAUGUUGGUUAAUAGACCAAUAACAAAGAGUUCCAAAUAUUUCUGCCAACUACGCUAGUUUAAAGUUUUCCCCACUCAGACCACUCCCAGACAGUCCUAGCAAAAUUCUUCCUUGAGAAAUAGCUUUUUGCGAAAUGCUGUCAUCAAGGCAAAGGGUGGCUAUUUGAAGAAUCUCAAAUAUAACAUAUAUUUUGAUUUGUUUUACACUUUUUUGGUUACUACAUGAUUCCAUAUGUGUUAUUUCAUAGUUUUGAUGUCUUCACUAUUAUUCUACAAUGUAGAAAAUAAGAAAACAUUAAGAAAAACCCUGGAAUGAGUAGGUGUGUCCAAACUUUUGACUGGUACUGUGUAUAUAUAUAUAUAUAUAUAUAUAUAUAUAUAUAUAUAUAUAUAAAGCACCCUCAGCACCCCAUCUUCCUGAGGCUAUGGAUCUUAGUCUUGGAGGUGUGUUUCCUGACCGAUUCAGCGUUUGGUUAAUUAUGUUUGUCCCCCAUGAGACACGGUAGACAUGGAAGCCUAUUUCACUUGCUCAAAAUCUUCUGAACGAAUCUAAGAUAAGUCAAGAAAUCUGUAAUACAUUUGUAAGUUUUGCCGAGGAUGUUUUAGUUGCGUAAUUUUACAUCUAACUAAGGUGUUUGGUGCAGUAUUUCUCAAGUAAACAAAAUGCGCGACGUGUUGUCUUAUGUAAACAUAGUCGGAGCUGCUGGGCAGGUCUGUCUCACUGUCUAUGCUAUUGGAUAGAGAGCAAUCACCGCAGCUGUUCACCCCAUGUUAGUGGGCAAAUGGACAUCGUCAAAUCAAAACCCAACCUUCAUUUUCAUGUUGUGAUGCACAGAUGUUCUAAACUCCGUUUUAGACGAGACUGACUUCAUGACCAAAAUUAUCCUAUUUACACUUCGUAGUCAAUUUUGCCACUAGAAUAACUCUUUCUGAUUCAAAUCAAUGCCACAUAGGCCGUUUUCAAAGGGAUUUAUUUAUUUAUUUUUAUUCUGGGGGUAGAUCAGCUUAAUAUUGCAGAUAGAUUGUAACUUCCAAUCCCCAUGUUUUUAUAUAUAUAUAUACUCCCCUUCAGUGGCGGUUUUACACGGAGGCCGGGGGAGGCCCGUGCCUCCCUGGAAAUGUCCCUGGCCACCCCUGUGGCCCCCCCCGUGCUGACCAAAUAA